GUAAGUUCUUGCCUUUAAAGCCAGGGGAGCCCUCUCUCUCUUCUCCCUGUGGAGAAGGCUCACGGACAGAGAGAGAGAGAGAGAGAGGAUAUGAGGAGUGAAGAAGAGGUGGUGCAAGAGAAGGUGAUGGACAUCAGUUUGAAGGAGCUCUCUAUGAAACUUGAGGAAUUUGCCAAGGCUAGAGACUGGGAAAAGUACCACAGCCCUAGGAAUUUACUUCUUGCCAUGGUUGGAGAAGUGGGGGAGCUAUCAGAGAUAUUUCAAUGGAAGGGAGAGGUGGAUAAAGGCUUGCCAAAUUGGGAGGAAUCAGAGAAGGAACAUUUGGGGGAAGAGUUAUCUGAUGUUCUGUUAUAUCUCAUUAGAUUGGCUGAUAUGUGUGGCGUUGAUCUUGGUGAUGCUGCCUCCAAGAAAAUUGUCAAGAAUGGAAUCAAAUACCCACCCAAAGAGCUCUUCUAAUUGACAAAAAUUGUGCACCAGCAAAUCUUGUUUGUUUUGGGAGGAAAGAAAAUCAAACUUAUUUUCUUGGAAAACUCAGAAUUUGAAAUAAACAUGGUUUCCCAGUUUUGUACAA